AAGAGCCAUGGAGCCUCUGCGGGAGCUGCGCGUGGGGUUCAUCGGGGCGGGGCGCAUGGCGAGCGCCGUGGCCCGGGCGAUGCUGCUGGCAGGAUCGACUGUCCUGCAGCGUCCUGAAGUCUUAUCCUUGCGAGACAAUCCGGAAGGACGCGGAAGCCGCUGGCACCCCAAAUUGGUGGGAAUUCAAGCGGAAGCCACGAAGAGAGGCCUCCCCGGCUCGUGUCCCGAUAGAAUGCAUCCCACCAGACAGAGAAGGCUAUUUGAGUUCCAGAGACACCUUGGAAGCCAGGCUAAAGCCGAACCCGCGGAUAGGUUUAAUCCGAGAGAUGGUUCACCCUCGCGGUCUGGAGUGCCCUGGCCCAAAACGGAAUAUUGGAGCUCAGAUGGAGAAGUCCAAGCAGUCAAUAUCCUGGCCAGUGCUCCAUCCAGCAGGAAUCUGGACAAAUUCCAGGGCUUCGCUUGCCGGACAACCCAUCGCAACUUGGAGGUGCUGGAGAAGUGCUCCUUCGUAUUCCUGGCCACCAAGCCCCACAUCCUCCCGGUCGUUCUGCAGGAGAUCGGCCCCGCGGUCACCAACAGCCACGUCCUCAUUUCCAUGGCCGCUGGAGUCCCCCUCCGGACCCUGGAAGAGCUGCUUCCUGCGGGGACGCGGGUGCUGCGUAUGAUGCCCAACCUUCCCUGCGAGGUGCGGUCGGGGGCUGUCCUGCUCUCUCGAGGGUCCUCCGUGGGGGAAGAGGAGGUCUCGCUGCUGAAGAACCUGCUGGCCUCGUGCGGCUUGUGCGAAGAGGCCCCCGAGUCCUACAUCGACAUCCACACGGCGCUGAGUGGCAGCGGCGUGGCUUACGCCUACAUGUUCGCGGAAGCCCUGGCGGAAGGUGCAGUGAAGAUGGGAAUGCCCGGCCAGCUGGCCAACAAGAUUGCAGCUCAAACUUUGCUGGGAGCAGCCAAAAUGUUGCUGGAAACCGGGGACCACCCUGCUGUUCUUAGGAGUGCCGUUUGCACCCCAGGUGGCACCACCAUCCACGCCUUGCACGAGUUGGAAAAGGGGUCCCUGCGAGCUACGGUCAUGAACGCCGUGGAAGCGGCCACAAGCCGGGCUCGUGAGCUGGGCAACAGGUAGCAGGUGUGCGUGGAGGCUCAUGGGUACCACGUUUCUUGUGGAAGAAGGAUGUGGGCCUCCCUCUCGCGCAUCGUGUCCACAUCUGCAGCUGGAGGAGCAGGGGGCCACGGCUUUCCACCCGAAGGAAAUUGCCAGGACUUUGGCAUGGUGGGUGCUCACGGGCAUUUUGCCCAUGGUGAAGACGGUACCCCCUCAUUGUGCAUAUUGUCAUUGACGAAAUUCUGUAAUUCUGCAAUGCAGGAGGAUGUCACCAAACGCAGGCGACAUCGUGCCCACUUCCAGGUACCCGGUUAUUACGACCUGGGUGUGAUCCAUUCCAAACUUUUCCCAUUGGCGGAAUAAACCAUGGUAGCUCCGUUGUUGGCUA